GGCCCGGCCUCGUCCUCGCCCUCGCCGCCGCCUCCUGCUGCUGCUGCUGCCGCUGGUGCUGGGGGCCUGCGCCGCCCCGCCCGCGCCCUGCGCCGCGCCCUGCGCCUGCCGCCGCGGCUUGCUCGACUGCAGCCGCCACCGCCUGCCCGCGCCCGCCCGCCGCCUGCCGCCGCUGCCCGCCGGCACCACCGCCCUGGAUUUAAGUCAUAAUCACUUACUGUCAUCUAACUGGAGCAUUGAAGUGUCUAUUCACACGCUGCAAGAAGUGAAGAUGAAUUACAAUGAGCUAAGUGAAAUUCCGUACUUUGGAGAACCAACUUCUAAUAUUACUCUUCUCUCAUUAGUUCACAAUACCAUUCCAGAGAUAAAUGCUGAGCAACUCCAAGUUUAUCUUUCAUUGGAGAACCUAGAUCUUAGCUUUAACCUCAUCUCGGAAAUCAAAGCGUCUUCGUUCCCACGAAUGCAGCUGAAGUACCUGAAUCUGAGUAACAACAGAAUAACUACCCUGGAAGCGGGUUGCCUUGAUAAUCUUUCCAGCUCUCUAAUGGUGGUGAAACUGAACAGAAAUCGAAUCAGCGCGAUUCCACCAAAGAUUUUCAAAUUGCCUCAUGUGCAGUUCCUGGAACUUAAAAGGAACCGGAUUAAAACGGUGGAAAGUCUUACAUUCCAGGGUCUGGAAUCUUUAAAGUCAUUAAAGAUGCAGCGUAAUGGGAUUAGCAAACUUAUGGAUGGAGCGUUCUUUGGCUUGGAUAGUAUUGAAGAAUUAGAGCUGGAACAUAAUAACCUGACUGAAGUAAACAAGGGCUGGCUGUAUGGCUUGCGGUCGCUGCAACAGCUCUACGUUAGUCAGAAUGCCAUUAACAGGAUCAGCCCAGAUGCAUGGGAGUUCUGCCAGAGGCUUUCUGAACUGGACUUGUCAUACAACCAGCUGACCCGCCUGGAUGAAUCUGCUUUUGUGGGACUCAGCUUACUGGAAAAAUUAAACCUGGGUGACAACCGAGUCAGUCAUAUUGCAGAUGGUGUCUUUAAAGGAUUGUCAAAUCUUCAGAUUCUCGAUAUGCGGAACAAUGAGAUCUCAUGGGCCAUAGAAGAUGCCAGUGAAGCCUUCGCAGGUCUCAACAAGCUCAGUAAAUUAAUUCUGCAAGGAAACCAGAUUAAGUCCAUCAUAAAGAAAGCGUUCUCGGGCCUUGAAGCACUUGAACAUCUAGAUUUGAACAACAAUGCAAUCAUGUCCGUCCAAGAAGAUGCUUUUUCUCAGACUCGCCUCAAAGAGCUGAUGUUGAACACCAGCAGCUUACUCUGUGACUGCCAGUUGAAAUGGCUGCCUCAGUGGCUCAGUGACAGCCAUUUGGAGCAGGCUGUUAACGUUAGUUGUGCUCACCCCGAGUGGCUAGCUGGGCACAGCGUUCUCAAUGUGGACCCUGAAGAUUUUGUCUGUGAUGACUUUCCCAAACCACAGAUAAGAAUACAUCCUGAGACCACAGUUGCUCUGCGAGGCAUGAAUGUGACUCUGACAUGCACUGCUGUCAGCAGCAGCGAUUCACCAAUGUCCACGGCCUGGCGUAAGGACAGUGAAGUACUGUACGAUGCUGAGAUAGAGAAUUUUGCCAGGUAUCAACAGCAAGGAGGCGAGGUCCUUGAAUACACCACAGUCCUACACCUUUUCAACGUGAAUUUCACCGAUGAAGGGAAAUACCAGUGCAUUGUCACCAACCAUUUUGGUUCUAACUAUUCCAACAAAGCCAAGCUGACUGUCAACGAACUGCCUUCCUUCCUGAAAACCCCCAUGGAUCUCACGAUCCGUACUGGGGCUAUGGCUCGACUGGAGUGUGCCGCAGAGGGCCACCCCACGCCCCAGAUCUCCUGGCAGAAAGACGGCGGCACGGAUUUCCCGGCAGCACGUGAGAGGCGAAUGCACGUUAUGCCUGAAGAUGAUGUCUUCUUCAUUGCAAAUGUAAAAAUAGAAGACAUGGGGAUCUACAGCUGUAUGGCACAGAACGUCGCUGGAGGUCUGUCGGCAAACGCCACACUGACGGUGUUGGAAACCCCUUCGUUUGUGAGGCCUCUGGAAGACAGGACAGUAACCCGUGGGGAAACCGCUGUGCUGCAGUGUAUCGCUGGCGGCAGCCCUGCCCCGCGCCUCAACUGGACUAAAGAUGAUGGGCCUUUAACGGUGACAGAACGGCACUUCUUUGCUGCUGCCAAUCAGCUCCUGAUCAUUGUGGAUGCUGGCCUGGAGGAUGCUGGGAAAUACACGUGUAUCAUGUCCAACACGCUAGGCACAGAGCGUGGCCACAUUUACCUGAAUGUCCUGUCUUCCCCAAACUGCGAUUCGUCCCAAGGUGGCAUUGUGCAUGAAGAAGAUGGCUGGACGACAGUUGGCAUUGUGAUUAUUGUUGUGGUCUGCUGUGUUGUGGGCACCUCUCUGGUAUGGGUCAUAGUUAUCUAUCACAUGAGAAGGAAAAGUGAAGACUACAGCAUCACUAACACAGAGGAGAUGAAUUUACCUGCAGAUAUUCCCAGUUACUUAUCAUCCCAGGGAACUCUGUCAGAACCUCAGGAAGGCUACAGCAAUUCGGAGGCAGGAAGUCAUCAGCAGCUUAUGCCUCCAGCCAGUGGCUACGUGCAUAAAGGCACGGACGGUGGCACGGGUCCAUUAGUGAUCUGCUCGGAUUGUUACGACAACGCCAACAUCUACUCCAGGACCCGAGAGUACUGCCCUUAUGCGUACAUCACAGAAGAUGACCCGCUGGAUCAAACCCUCUCCAAUCUUAUGGUGCAGAUGCCCAAGGAGACCUAUCCAGCACACGUCCAGCAUGACACCAGCACCCUGGACAACCUAAUUGCAGACAGAGAGAUGUCCGUCUUCCUCACCAACCAUGACAGAAUAAGUGAGAAGAAACUCCCCUCUCAGCAGACGAAUGAACCUUUCCAGCUACCCCUGUGGGGAAUAAACAAAGACCUCGGGCUGUCGCGCUCGCACUGCCUGCAUCAACCAUCAGUACACGAGGCCCCUCGAGCUCUCCGAAGCGAGGGCGUCCUUGACGACGACCGAGAGCAAGCUGCUUCGCCCAGACCUUGCCACAGGUUAUGUGAGCAUAACUUUGAUUUUAAUAGGACUCGGAACAUGCAGGAUUACAGUGAAACUACAUAAGGCAGCAAGGAGAAACCUUGGAAGCAGGUUCAGACCAACUGACUCUAUUACUACCUCAGGAUGAACCCCAUGGCCAACCACGCUGUACGUGCAUGUCUACGAUUCCAAGUUGAGUGGACCAAGAUGGACUCUGCUGCAAGUAGGGUAGUGACACGGGCUCUUGUCUCCGGGACUUGCUGGUGUUAAAGGCGGGAAGGUGCAGCGGUUUGGCUGAACGCUCUGGUGAAAGAGAGAAUAGCGACAGCCACGGCAGAAGUACGGGAGCACGUAAAGUCUGAUGUGGGGACAGCCUUUGUGGAUGCGUGUCUUGAAAAUGCUCCCAAGAAGGCAUAGCUAUUUCAUGUUGCCUUCUGUGAUGGAUGGCAGAAGCAUUUAGGGUGUCCCCUUGGAAUUCGCUAGUGAUUGUAAGCGUACAGCUGUUGGCCAGCUUGCGUUCCCUUCGACUGUUAGCAGCACUUCGCAUUACUGUGUCAGUCUUAUGUUUGGGGUUGUUUUUCCUCCUACGACUAAUGAACUCUAGCUGUAAAUACAUUUGCAUUUAUAAAUAUUUUGUAUACACUAAGCAUAUACAUGUGUUGGCUGUAAUGUAAAUAUUUUUUAUUAUGCCAAAGUGUAUGUAUUCAGUUCUAGUUUUGACAGCUGCCUGUCAAACCAGAAGUUUUAUGGUUUGGUUUUCUGAGAUUGAAAGCUUGUUUCCAAAGAAUAGAGGUGUCUUUCCUGUUGGGAAGAGUGCAGGCUUGUUGGUGAAAGAGUAACCCUAAUGAAUUGUGCUCAUUUACAUACAGCAGUGGAUGUCAGGCUUGACUGGUGUUACUGCAGCCUGCUCCCUUCCAGUAGGUACCCAGGAGGCCUGGGCCCGUCUGGCCCAUUACACCUGACUGCAAAGGUCUGUGAGUCUUUGUGUUGAAACCUGUCUGUUCCCUGCUACAGCGUGAAAUCCGACAGGAACCUUGUAGGAACAAACCUGAUUCUAAUCUGCAGCUUCCAGCAGCGCUCGUAACAGCAGGCACCAUGAGAUUGACACACCUCAGCAGUGUCUCCAAAAUGCAAAAUGACUCUUCUUCUUCAUGCACAUCUAAGGAAAUAAUACCAAGCGUAAAAGAGUUCUGAGUGGCUGAUGUCCUGCCAGCAUCUGAGCUUUCAUCUCUUUAAAAGGCCUUCCUGGCCCAUAGGUUGCAGAGAGCUCCGGCUAAGUGAACAGUACCUUUGAUUUGUCUUUAGUCCUUGGUUUGGCGGCCAUCAGUACAGGCACCUGAAUUAGGCAGGGGCCAGUUAGCUGCGCUGCAGGGUGCCAGCAGCAGCUUGGUGCAGACUGUCUUGUACCAGUGCAGCUUGCCUUUUCCCAAACCUGGUGUUCCCAAGGCUGGCUUUAUAGUAUGAAUAGCAGCACAGACAAGGCCUUAACUUGCAAAAUGUGAGGCUUAGAUCUGCUGGGCCUGGGCACAGAGGAAUCCUUUGCAGUAAGUGCGAAUGCUGAGCGUGCAGCAGACAAACGCUCCUCUGCUGCUUAGACAGCCAGGUCACUUCAGGCAAACCCUAGGGAGGACGUCAAGGUGCAGUGUUGGGCCUCUCGGGCUAACCGGAGAGGUGGUGCAGUCUCCAUCCUUGGAGGUUUUGAAGACCUGGCUGGACAGAGCCUUGUCUGGGAUGAUGUAGUUGGGGCUGGUCCUGCUUGGAGCAGGGGUUGGACUAGAUGUGACCUCCUGAGGUCCCUUCCAGCCCUCGCUGCCUGUGAUUCCCUUGGCGGAAGGGUGUGCGUGGUGCUCUGCAGGUGUUCUGCCUCGCACCGUUGCACGAGAAGUGAACCUGCUGUUCAGAAAGCUUGUGGCCCUGUUGUAAAAUGCCAGCAGUGAGAUCCUGGGCCUUUUUAGGUCUGUGGUGAAUCUGAUUCUCUCCAGUAGAGCCAGGAUACUUUGCCCAAGCGGUAGGCGAUGAAUGGGUGAUGAAGAAAACAUUUCUGGCCUCUGGCAAAGCAUCAAUAGGCUUCAAAUCAGACCCCUUUUCUAGCCACCUUUCCCCUAGAUCGAGAGAGCAUUACCUGCCAAUUCCUCUCGCUGCUGACGUAUGUCACGCAGAGAAGCAGCAUGGCACCAGAGUUCCCCAAAAGCCAUUGCUUCCUGAUAAAAACAUCCAGGUGGAAGUGGAGGGGGUUGUUUAAUACUGGUGAUCUCAUCCAUGUUGCAUCUUCAGCAACCCAGUGUGCUCAGAGCUCGAGUGGGUUAGCGCGACACCUUCCUUCUGGUAAACGGGGCCCCAGGGCUGGCUUCCUAGGGAUCGAUGGCUCUGUUCAAUUCGUAGACAAUUCACCACGUUUGUGGGACCAGCAGCACUGCUUCACUUCACAGGAAAGAUGCGUCUGCACCAAACAGCAGGUCGAGCUAUGUGAGAGCUGGUGCCUAGUGUCGACUUGGUGGGGGUGUCGGGGGACUUGCUCUUUCCAAGACCCCCGCUCAAAAUCCCUGAAGGCAGGGAUCAGUUGUGUGUGCUGGUGUUGGCUCUCUGUUACUUUCCAGAGGUGAUCCUUGACAUGGCUGGUGGCCUAAGCCAGGUAAACCGGGGCCAUGGGUCUGGCGAUGGCAAGAUGCCCAGGUUCUCAGUGGGUUUGGUGAUGGCAGGGAUGCCUGGGCUGUCGAAGCGACUUGCCCAGCAGCGCAGCAGCCUCGUUGGAGCGGGGCCAGAAUUGUUCCCGAGCUUCUGAUUAAGUGAAACCGAGCGCCAAACUUGUAGCCCCACGGUACUGCGAGGUUUUUAAUACUUCUAGGGUAUUGCACAUAAUCUAGUCACUACAGCUUAAAGGGAAAGUAAACUGAAGUCUCUUUCUGUGGCUUGUAAUACAUUUACAGUAGGCUUUCUCUCUGAACAUUAGCAAAGAAGACGCUGUCACUUUUUAGAUGCAAGCCUAUCUCUGUUCUGCAGAAGCCUGCUGAUAUCCAUUAGGCUAAAUUCAUAGCAGAAAUGUCAGGUCAUGGAAUUGCUGUAAUGGAAAACUUGCCUCAUUCCAGGCUUCCUGCCUGCUUUGGUCAUACAUCGUAAAGGUCAGCGUGGCCUAGUUGAUCCGUGGCACACUGAAAGCCACGACGUCUUGCCAGCAGGAAAAUAAUCCUGUUGUGCUUUGUCCUCUCUGUCGGUUUGGCAAACGCUUAAUGACUUUCCCUCCUGUCUCUUGUAUGGAGCGUAAAUCAAUGCUGUUCAGGCUUCUCUGUUUGCAAUUGCUCCAUGAUUGCAAACAUGCAGGAAUGGGCAGAAGAGGUCAGAAGCAGCGUCUCCUCGUACAACGAGCAGAAUUGGGACCAGGGCUUGUCAGGGAACUUGUCCUACCUGCGCCAGAGCAGAUUUAUUGUCAUUGUAUGAACAACGGCACCUCCCUUUUAUAGUGGUUCUCAGCUGGAUGUAAACAGCCUUUGCCACUAAAAAGGUGAGCUAAGCGGGAAUGUGCCUUAUUCGCAUUGUGAGAACCAGGCUAACUUCCCAUCCGCAGCGGUAAGGGAAACGGCUCCUAGACAUUCACACUGGAGAAAAACUUAUUCUGCAAAAAGGUUCCCCCGGCUGUUUUCCAGGAGCCCCAACUUGCGCAGAGCGGAUAGUCUAUUUGCUUGACGACGACAGGUACCUUUAUGCAAAUGUCAAAGCAGUAGCAGCUCUGGUACUGGGAGUACCUACAACAGUGUGAGCAAAGCUUUCCCCUUUCCUAGUCUCUAUUUAUAUUUUUCUCACUUAAGAAUGUAUAUUUUGUAUAGCAUGUGUAACAUACGUUUGUCUACUGUAAUAUACCUCCAUUCAAUAAAACACUACGUACCUUGUGAA